AUGGCGGAGUUACGCCACCGCACCAGCGCGGCGGCGGCGGCGGCGGCGGCGGCGGCGGCGGAGCGGUCGCUCCCGUGGGAGUCGCGUCUUACGUCAGCGCAGCUCCUCUGGCGAUGGGCGACGUGGGCAGCGGGGUGUGGCACCAUGGAGCCGGUAACGGUGGCAUGGGCGGCGACGGAGGCGGCGGAGGCGGGAGCGGGGGAGGCGGACGGACACUGGCACGUCGCCAUGACGGCAGUCCCCUGCGCGCCCCCUCCCGCAGUCAUGGGCAGGAUCCCUGUGACGGGUGUGCGUGUGCGACAGGGCCCGCGGCCGCGCUCCGUGCCGAGCGCCGCGGCCGCGCUGAGCGCCGUGGGCGGCGGCGGGGCGUUCGCGCUGAGGCCGGACGGCAACGGCUCCCUGGGCAGCGUGAGCACCGCCGACACGUCGCUGCCGUCGCUCUCCUCGCUGCGGCCGGGCUCCCUCCAGCAGCUGCAGCAGCUGCACGACGCCGGCGGCGGGGCUGGCGGAGGCGGAGGCGCAGCCGGGGGAGGCGGGUCCGGCACCGCCACCCCGCGCCCGCUGCUCAAGUCCGCCUCCGCCGGGAGCGGCGCGUCGAGCUGCCGCACGAGCCAGCUGUCGCUGAGCGGAGGCGGCGGCGGGGGCGGCGGAGCGUCGCGCGGGGGCGGAGCGGGGCCGUGGGGCGGGCGCGUGGCGGGGCCCAGCACUGCCCGGCCGGUGGUGCUGUCGCCCGCGCUGCUGCAGCCGCUGGACCUGCACGGCCACGCCCUCGGCUGCCCCUGCGGCGGCGGCGGCAACGGCCACGGCAACUCCAAGCAGGGGAAAAAAUUGACAAUUCGCGCCCUGGCGGCGCUGUGUUGGCAGGACGGGGCGAUGGGCGGCGGCGAGGGCGCGGAGGCGGUGGCGGGCGCCGUGACGUCGGAGGGGCUGUCGUGGCGCCGUCUACACAUGAGCCGCGCCAAGCUCAAGGCCACCGCCACUACUUCAGAGCUGCUCUCUGGAUUCGCUAUGGUGGCGAUGGUGGAGCUGCAGAUCAACGAGCCCACCAACGUGCCCGAGUGGCUAUUCGUCAUGUUCUCCGUGUGCACCACGGUGCUGGUGGCCGUGCACAUCUUCGCCCUCAUGAUCUCCACCUACCUGCUGCCCAACAUCGACGCCGUGUCCAAGCUGCAGGUGGCGCGCCUGGUGGCCGAGUCGCCGCACGAGCGCAUGCGCGGCUUCAUCGAGCUCGCCUGGGCCUUCUCCACCGUCCUCGGGCUGUUCCUCUUCCUCGUCGAGGUGGCCAUCUUGUGCUGGGUGAAGUUCUGGGACUACAGCUUCACGGCGGCGUGGGCGGCCACCAUCAUCGUGCUGCCGGUGCUGGUGGUGUUCGUGGCGUUCGCUGUCCACUUCUACCACAGCCUGGUGGUGCACAAGGUGGCCGCCACCGGGCACGACAUGCGCCAGCUGGAAGCCAUGAAGCGUCGCCUGGACUCGGCUAGCGCCGUCUGACCCGGCGAAAGGAGGCGCGGCCCGCUUGCCAGGAGGAAUACGUCGCGAAGGAAAACGUUUUUGCCAGAUCAGAAAGGUCGUGCACUGGCGGAGGGAAGCAGGCCUGCAUUUAAAGUGUGCUCGACGCAAUGACGACUGUGAAUAACAGCAAUGACGACUGUGAAUAACGCAUGGCCUUAAGACAUGAGUGAGGUCUACACUCUAUCUCUCGAGUGAAAAUGACCGUUCCACUUUUUGAAAUAUAUAGGACAUGAUGUAGUGGAGAGUUGGCAAAAUUUUGCCCACAGCAGUUCUAAGUUUCUCACGCAUGUCAUGGAUUGACCGAAUUCUCUAAGUAAACUUCUUUGAAAACGAUGGAAUAAAGAACUGAUUUUUGUAUUUCAAAACCAGGUGGAUUGUUCUUAAGGGAUACAAACACGAUUAUUUUACUACAAUGUAGAACAUCAAGUUUAUGUAAACCAAAAUGUGUUAGGCGCCUUUUUCACGCCCCCGGAAUUUUACACCCUUCGCAUCGUUGCCCUAUUUAGAACGAUAGGUAUAGCAACCACGCCGAAUUUCCAGAACUAACGGAAGACAAACCUGCAUCAACUCAAAGAAGUUACUGCUGAAAUUGAGAUGGUAGUGACUCGGUUUUCAUGGAGUGGGAAGACGUAUCAGGGAGGUCGAAUGCUGGUAUUGCAUUUUUCGACGCAGCGCUGUUAAUCGUAAGAACGGCUUGACAAAAUCUGUGAAUUUUCAUUUUUUUCCCCUCCAGUGGCGGCGACGUGAGAAUGAAAUUCUGGCAACGGUGCGUAUGUGAAGGAUCAUUGCGAGAAGGAUGGGAUAAGGUGGGAAAUUACUGACUUCUUUGGCAAUCGUAGACGGAAACAACUACAUCUGAAGCGGUUAUUUCCCUUUCUAGCCAACUCUCCCUGUUAUAGACAGAAGAGCACAGAAAAAACAAGAGGCCAGGGUUAUUAGAUUCACAGGCGCCCCAUAUUUCAAUGAAACGUUCCGCUCCCUUUCAAUACAUAUACUACAGAAUCAAUUAUCAUGAAACAGAAAUAAUUUAUAGCGGUUACUUUGAAUUAAAAGUAAAUUCUUUACAUGAUUUGAAUGAAAUAUAAUCGGGGCCUUAAUUAAGUCAGGGUCUAGGAAAUAUUGACCAGCCUGUCCUGCCCCCUAACUGGACACUUAGGUGUAGAUAGCACGCGUGGGCAAAAGAGAUGUUUACACUUCUUUUUUACUGUAGCUUGGCACUGUUUGGAAACGAAAGUCAAUGAGUAAGUCGAAGAUAAUUUCCCCUCGUUAUCCUUUUCACAACUGUGAUUUUGUGGAAGGCCGUGUUCGAAAUAAAUACUGAAUUUCAAAAUUCGCCUUCAAGCCGCAGUUUAUAGACUCUCAAAGGGGAGAUGGUGUUUAUUGACACUUUAUACCUGAAGUACGAAUAAUAUAUAAUUGAUUCUUCUCUCAAUGUGCCUUUUUGAAGAUUGUGUUAAGAUAGAACUUGGCAUAAUUUCUUCCAAUAAGUAAAUUACUACUUGACGUUAUUUCACGUUUACACGCGAACAUCGCCAUUCAAGGUUUGUAAUUCCAUUAUCCGGACAAAGAAAUAUAAUGAAACGAGUCUACGUCUACAAUGGCAAUACCAUAUUAACUAAAGAUAAUUACUGUACAUUAUUAAUAAUUAUUCAAAUGGAGCACAUGAUAAUGAGAAAGUUCUUAGUUUUAAAGGAAAAACUGCUGGAGGAAUUCAACAUAUUGUUGACCAAAAUUGAACUUGUAAUUAUAAAAAUUGUUUAUUGUCAUGUUUUGCAAGACCACUAUGGAAAAUAUUUACAUGGGGAAAAAUCGACCGCAAGGAAUAGUUUGUAGGUAAGUGAAGUACAAUCAUCUCGUAAACACGACUUAGAUUCUAUUUUUUUCCAUUCAAGUCAAUUAUUUAUUAUUGUAGAUGCUAAAAGAUCCACAGAUAUUAAGAAUAUCAUAAGCAAAUUCAACUUGCUUCUUUUCUUUGAAUUUGAUUGAUACCCACUUUCCAAAUCCAAUCCGCUAAUCUUUGUCGGCUCCGCUGCGAAUCGUUGUGCACGUAAUAUUAAACAUUGUGUUAUACUUUGAUCAUAAAUACUUGGAUAUCGCUAUCAGCAUAGUGAGAAGAUCUUUAAUAUACUCUUUGUGAAGAUUUCAACUGUGCCUUUUUCUAUGUCAACAAAAAGAAUUGAACUGAACUGCAGGGUUUCAGAAGCACCCAUUCACUCACAAAGUCCCUCUCAGAAUGAAUGUGGCGAGCGUGAAUUUCGUUUCGACAGUCUCCGGCUCUCGCUUUCCAGUUUCCUUUUCUUUCUAUUCUUUUUAUCAUCACUGGCAAACCUUUUUAUUACCUCCUCCACAUAGUGUUCCUGGAACCUACACCAGAAUGUCAUUUCAAAUCUAAUCAAUCCAUUCCUUUGACUAACUGAACUCCCAAAGUUCUGCUCUAUAUAUAACGAUUGGAAACAUUAAAAACAAAGCAAAUAAAUAUUUACUAAAUCUGAAUAACUUUGAACAAUAAAUGGUGUCAGAAUAAAUACAGAAGACAAUGAAAUGGCAUAUUCCUUGGUGUACACUUUUGCAAAAGAGUAGGGCCUACAGCACUUUAUUAACAAUUUCCUUUCUGAUUUCAAUUAUUGUAUAACGUGAAUUUAUUUCAUUGCAAGAACCCAAACACCAAAAUAUCCUAUCGAUAACAAGAGUAGAUUACUAUUAAAAUUACUACCUGUAAACAAAGUAGUAGGCCUAUUGCUCAUCUUGCACAUUCAUAAAGUCAUUAAUGAAAACAAAUCACUUGCAUCAAUCCUGUUUUCUUAUUUUAUCUUAUAGCCCAUGUUUCUGAACAAAAAUAUUGUUGCAUUUGGACGGUUUGAGACACAAUUAGAGUUGCUUAUACCACGUAUUCAUUCUGAGAUAUGAAUUGAAACUAACAUAUUUCAUUAUAUUUGUGAACAACGAACAGUCCAGAGAACUUUCCCCAAUUGUAAAUAUGAAGCUCAAAGAACCAACUUUCCUUCCAAAAGCACAUUUAAGUGAUAUUCAAUGCAUUCUAGUUUCAUAUGCCAAAUUGAAUACAGAAUAUGAUUACAGUGCCAAUGGAAUUGAAUAAAAUGUUGGAUUGUAUUUGUUCUUAAUAUGUACCUAAUAAAGUGAAUUUUUUAUGAAACUAAGAUCUGAGAAUUCAAAUGUUCUUGUGUAUAAUGCUUCAUUCUAUUUGUAAUGAAAGGUGGUAAUUCAUGAAUAUGUACAAAAGAUUAUGUUAUUGAAAGAAAUUUUUGUAUAUAUGUAUUAUAUAUAGUGCUUUUUGAGAAACAAGGCCCUGUGUUUGUGAAAGUUUAGUUGUUCUCAGAGUACCAUCAUUUGUAAAAAUAACUAUUGCAAGAAGAGUUUGACUCAUCACCCUAAAAAAAAAUCAUAGGUUAGUGUCCGAUACACUUUUUUGUACAACUUUUGAAAGCAAUUGCAAUUCUACUAUUGAAAUAUUUCAUAUGAAGAACCCAAAAAGACAGACCUGUGAGAGAAUGCAUUUACCACAGAGCCUUCUAUAUAUCACAUAACAUUGCCAUAGAUCGUAAAACUUAAAGCAUAAUUAAUCUUUUCAAAAUUACAAGCCAAUGAACCCGUUUGUAAACUUGCAUACACUGUAUACCUGUUAACUUAUUGUAUUGAACAUUGCAAAUAUCAAAUUCAUAUUGUAAAAGGAAUCAUUGCAACAUUUUUGGAUUUGAAGUCAGUUAUCACUGUGGUAUGUUUAAAGAAUGUAUUUCAACCUCCAGGCUUUUUAAAUAUCUCUCUCUUCUGAAACUGUUUUUCCUCCAAAAAAGGAGUUCACUAACUCAGCAACAAAGAUACUGAUCUAAUUAAAUAACCGUAUAAAAAUGAAAGAAAUUUGGAGUCUUCAGAAUUUGCUUACUAAAGCAUAUCAAAUCAUAGACUCUCUUUACAGACAAUCUUAAACAAAUGUCAAGCAUCAUGUCUUCUUGACCAUCACAAAAUGUUCUUUAUUUUCACACAUUUAUUUAAGCUUAAGUAAUUAAGAAGAUGUAUAUGAUUAAUGAUGGGGAAAAAAAGAAAAAAAGAAAGGUCCCCUAGUUCAAACUCUUCUACGCAGCAAACAGAUAUUCAGCAACAUUUUCAGUGUUGCUUAAUAUAAACCACUUAUGGAACCUGAUGGUUGGUGAGAGGAGACAUUCUCAUAAUAACUUUUGGAAAGUGACCAUAUUAAUUUGUUUGUUGCUUAUUUAGCCAGUCAUGCAGUGCAUUGCAGUGGAGAGUUGCUUAGUAUAAAUCAUUGAUGAAACGUAACGGUCAGCAAAAGCAAGUUUUCAUUUUUACUUUUGCAAAAACCCAGUUUUAAUGCAAAUGACAUGCUCUUUAGCCAACCACCAAGUGUAUCAUGAAGAAAGAAACUGUAGUCCACUCUUGUGCAAUUUUUGUAAUUAGAAAAUUAAGUAGUGAAAUGAAAAUAAUUAGAGAUAUACUCUACCCACUAUAUACAUAUAUUACAUGAAAAUAAAAUAACAUUUAUUCAGCUCCCAUUUUGGAUAUCCUCCUAGUCCAAUAAUUCUUUUUUGUAUGAGGAAAUGAGAAUAUAAAAUAAAUUGUCUACACUCUUUAAGUUAAUACAGAACUCUGCCUUCAAGUUAAACAUGAAAGUCAAAAGACUCAAAUAGCCCAAAUCUCAAAAGUUCAAAAACAAUUAGGGACACAAUAAAAUCACUCUAAAUCUUCCUCCAUUCCAACUCUCUUUACAGGAGAAUCAACAUUUUACUCAUUAGAUAUCUAAUCAUGAAUAUAUAUUUCUAUCAAAUCUAUUUCAGGCUGGAUAGUCAAUUCCAUGAAUAAACAAAACAAUUUAUAACAAUGUUCAUAUUAAGAGAGAUCCAACAUCGGCACCAUCCCACAUUUACAUGAAAUUCGACAGCAGAUUUAAAGAUUAUUAAUCCUAUUGAAGCAUUAAAAAUAAACAAAUUCUGAGGAUCAUAAAUUAUCCUUCAUAAAUUAACAACAAAUUAAUUCUAAAAACUUUCAAUAUAGAGAGGAACCUCUUUUGUAAAAUCUGAAAGGGAAUAAGAAGAUAAAUGGAAGUUACUUAAAAAAAUAAUAAAGAACUGUUGCAUUAUGAAUUUAAAGAAAAGAGAAAGAAAAAAAAAAGAUUUGGAAGGCCAAAAUUGACAAAUGAACUACUG